CCGGGGUGUGCUUGCGGCGAGCGUUCUCCUUCCUGCAUCUUUCUUCCCUACCUUUAGCGUUCAUAAUGUCUACUGAAACUCAGUCCAAAGUUAUCGUUCACCACCUGAACGAUUCCCGUUCUCAGCGUGUGCUUUGGCUACUCGAAGAACUCGAAGUGCCGUAUGAAAUCAAGUACUACACUCGCGGUUCGGACUUGCUGGCGCCCAAAGACCUGCUCAAAGUGAGCCCUCUGGGAAAGUCUCCGGUCAUCACCGACGGCGACAUGAACCUCGCUGAGAGCGGCGCCAUCGUCACCUAUUUGAUCGAGAAGUACGGAAAAGCAGAAGACCAGCCUCCCACCACCGGCAAAGUCCAUGAUCUUUACUUUACCCACUAUUCUGAGGGUUCACUGAUGCCACUGCUUGUGAACAAACUCAUCUUUCAAAUUGUUCCUACGAGAGCGCCGUUCCUGCUGCGGCCGCUUUUGCGCAUGGUCUUCGCCACCUUGACCAGCCAGCUCGUUGAGCCAGAAUUGAAGAAACAUCAGACUAUGAUCGAGGAGCACCUCAGCAAGACUGGUCCGUGGUUCGCGGGCGGACAAAGCCCCACAGCUGCCGACUACAUGAUGGCAUUCCCGCUGGAGGCUAUCGAUGCCGCCAACCGCGACAGCCUUGGACACAAAUCCAGGGAGUACGUCAAGAUGAUUCACGAACGUCCUGCUUACAAACGCGCUUUGGAACGUGGGGGUGAAUACAGCUACGCUAAACUGUAGUCCUCGUUCGGCUUGCCGGUCGUCGAAUCAUAUAUUCGAUCUUGUAUUUGCACGCCGUCCGUAUCAUGGAAUCCGAUUAAGCGGGUGUAGAUUAUGGGUAAUACGCUACAUAUACACGUAGCACACGUUUUAGAUCCAAUCCUGUAGUUUGAAGCAUGUACUGUAUGUCCUCUAAACGAGACCGAAGCAGAAAC